AUGCAGAGUGUGCCCAUAAAUGUUCUGGAAGAUUAUAAUCUCGCAAGCAUGACACUAGAGUACAGACGUGAAUGCCGUCAGUCCAAUGUGUUAAAAUCCUUAACAAGCAUGAGAGCAAAACCAGCAGAAAACAAGCAACUUAGUACAAAUACUAGUGAAAGAGAUGACUUGGAAUGCACACAUUUGCUUCGAAUGGAAGCCGAUAGUGCAGAGCUCGUAGAGGAAGAUCCAUAUGGCACUUCAAACAACAUCUCGUCAUUGAAAGAUCGCGUUAAUCUCGAGCUGCUAGUUCUAAUUCAGUUCCAACAAUUCAUGUCUAGACCAAAAAAGUGCAUAUUUAAGUGA